AUGGAGAUUCUGGCUAGUCCUUGUGGUCUGGCUGGCCCUUGUAGUCUGGCUGGUCCUUGUGGUCUGGCCGGUGCUCGUGGUCUGGCUAGUCCUCGUGGUCUGGCCGGUCCUUGUAGUCUGGCUAGUCCUUGUGGUCUGGCCGGUGCUCGUGGUCUGGCUAGUCCUCGUGGUCUGGCCGGUGCUCGUGGUCUGGCUGCUCGUUAUGGUCUGGCUGGUCCUCGUGGUCUGGCUGUCCUCGUGGUCUGGCUGGUCCUUGUGCUCUAG